AUGUGUUCACGUGAACGGACGAUGAGUGGUAUUUUGCUGACUUCCAUUUUAUUGUCAUAUGUUUUGACAACAACUUCAUAUGAAAUUGCGUUUUCGGAGGACUAUUCUUGUGAAAAUACUAUAUGUAAUCCUCGAGCCGGUGACUUGUUGAUUGGUCGUGAAAGUUCACUUAUUGCAUCUUCAACUUGUGGCUUGAACGAAGUCGAGGCCUACUGCGUUGUAACAACCAGUGGAAAAAGCUAUUGCAAAGAAUGUACCUCUAAACAACCGUACAACUCCAUAACCAAUCCUGAAAGUCAUCGUGUAGAAAAUGUUGUUUCACGAGUCCCGAGCAACCCUGGAAGAUGGUGGCAGUCACAGAAUGCAGUACAUAAUGUGUCAAUUGUACUGAAUUUGGAUACACAAUUUCAAUUUAUUUCAACGAUUCUACGUUUUAAAACUUAUCGUCCAGCGGCUAUGUACUUAGAACGAUCUUAUGAUUUUGGACGUACAUGGGCACGUUAUGCUUAUUUUUCAAAUAACUGCAAACGAGAUUUUCCCUCUGUACCUGAAGGUCCUCGUCGAUCGUUGACUGAUGUAACUUGUACUGGAGUUUAUAGCCAACUUACACCUUCUGAAGGAGGUGUGGUUGCUUAUAUGGCUGCCCCAAGUGAAAUGCAUCAAUCAUGGCCUCAGUACAGUAAAGAACGUAUGAAUUUGACAGCGAUCACUAAUCUACGAGCUGUUUUUACCAGAAUUAAUACCUUAGGUGAUAUGCGUGUUGAUGAUUCACCAUUAACACGACGUAAAUACUAUUAUGCACUUUAUGAAUGGAAUGUAUGGGGUAGAUGUACAUGUUUUGGUCAUGCAUUACGUUGUAAACCAAAAUCAUCUGCUGAAAUUAUUAAACCGGAAAAAGUAUAUGGUGUAUGCGAAUGUACACAUAAUACCGCUGGUGAAAAUUGUGAAACCUGUGCUGAUUUUCAUUGGAAUAAACCAUGGAUGCCAGCAACAAGAGACGCUGCUAAUGCAUGUGAAAAAUGUAAUUGUAACAACCAUGCAACGGCAUGUUUCUUUAAUCCUGUAUUAUUUAGUAAAUCUGGUAAUGUAUCUGGUGGCAACUGUCAUGGGUGUAUGCAUAAUACAGAAGGUGUAAAUUGUGAAUUUUGUCAACCAAAUUUCUAUCGUCAUCCAAGUUAUCCAAUAGAUCAUCCUUUGACAUGCCAACCGUGUAAUUGUCAUCUGGAUGGUACAUUAUAUGAUAAUUUCUGUCAGCAAUAUACUAUACCAGAGCAGAAUACAAUCGCUGGUCGCUGUAUAUCUGAAAAUCCUGAUGGUUGUGAAGCUUGUUCAUGCAAUAUGAUUGGUACAAUCGACAAUGGUGGUUGUGAUCCAUUUACUGGACUUUGUACUUGUAAACGAUUUGUUGGUGGUCCAAAUUGUGAUCGAUGUUUGGAAGGUUAUUUUAACCUGUCCACAACACCAUUAGGUUGUCAAGAAUGUGCCUGCAGUCAAAUAGGAUCAUUGAAUCCAAAUUGUGAACGUGUUAGUGGACAGUGUGCUUGUAAAGUUGGCUUUACUGGACGUGAUUGCAGUGAAGUUGAAAAUGGCUAUUAUAUUGUUCCACCACAUGAAGUAAUUGAUAAACCUGACGAAAAAGAGAUUACACUGGUUGGACCUAAAGGUGAAGGGAAGUAUGUAAUUGUUCUUGAUGUGGAUCCUAAACAGUUUGGUUCCGGUGAUAGAUGGUCAAUCAUUGUAACACCUUUUCAGUAUGGGGCAACAAAAUGUCAGAAUCCACCUCAAAGUGUUAAUAUUUAUCAAGACACUCACAAAGUUAUUAUAUCAGAUGUCUGUUUGGAACCUGGAUUACCAAUUGUUUUACGUGUUGUUCCUGAAUCGUAUCCAGAAGGAGCCUUUACCGAAAUCCUAAUUACUGAUAUUAUACUGAUACCUACUGAUGACAGUGACUUGGCACGUCGUUGUGAAGUCUAUCGUGAAAUUGCUAUGGAGAUACUAGCUGGUCGCCGUGAAGAUCGAACGGGAUUGCCACCAGAAUGUGAGGUCUAUUUCCGUUUACCACGUUUAAGUUGGAAAGAGAGCAGUUCUGUGGCACAAAGAUGUUUAUGUAAUUCAACUGGUUCACGUUCUGAGAUAUGUGAUAAACUAACAGGACAAUGUCCAUGUAAAGAUGGGGUUGUUGGUAGACAAUGUGAUCGAUGUGCAUCAUAUCAUUAUGGUUUCAGUGCAAGAGGAUGUACCGAUUGUGCAUGUGAUCCUCAAGGAUCUGUCAGUUUACAAUGUCAUGAAGAUACUAGUCUUUGUGAAUGUCGACCAGGAAUUGUUGGUAAACAUUGUAAUAUGUGUAAUCCUGGGUUUUGGGAUUUUCCAAAUUGUCGUCCAUGUAUAUGCAAUGAAUUUAGUGAUUUUUGUAAUCAGACAACUGGAAUAUGUGAAAACUGUAGAGAUAAUACUGGCGGUGAUCAUUGUGAAACAUGUCGUGAAGGAUUUUAUGGUGAUCCUUUGAGAAAAACUCCUUGUAAACCAUGUUCAUGUCCAGGCGGUGGAUUAAAUCAUGCUAAAGAAUGUCAUAUGGGACCAUUGGAGGAACAAAUUUGUAUUUGUAAGGUUGGAUACACAGGUCCGAGAUGUAGUCAAUGUGCUACGAACUAUUUUGGGAAUCCAACUGAACCUGGUGGCUCUUGUCGACCAUGUGAAUGUUCUGGAAAUAUUGCAGUUAAUGUACCUGGCAGUUGUGAUCCAAUCACUGGACAAUGCUUGAAGUGUUUACAUAAUACAGAAGGUUAUUACUGUGAUGUAUGUAAAGAUGGCUUUUGGGGUGAUGCAACACGUCAAAUGUGUCAGCCAUGCAAUUGUUACCCAUUAGGUAGCAUUGAUGAAGGUGCUGGAGGUUGUAAUCGUGAAAAUGGACAAUGUUCAUGUCUACCAAAUGUAAUUGGUCCAAGAUGUUAUGAAUGUGCACCAUAUUUUUUCAAUUUAACUUCUGGUAAAGGAUGUGAACCAUGUUUAUGUGAUCCAACUGGUUCAAUCGAUGAUUUAUGUGAUCCGGUUAUGGGCCAGUGUCGUUGUAAACCAGACCGAAGUGGGCGUAGAUGUGAUCAGUGUAGAAGACUAUUUUAUAGCGAUCCAACUACUCCAGACGGGUGUCAACCUUGUAAUUGUGAUCGAAUUGGUUCAACAAGUGAUUUAUGUGAUCCAUUAACUGGUCAAUGUCCAUGUAGAACGGGUAUAACUGGCCAACGAUGCGACAGAUGUGACCGAGGUACUGAAGGUAUUCUACCUGAUUGUGUACCAUGUGGUGAAUGUUGGAAUAACUGGGAUAAAGCAAUCGACAAAGUUAUUAGUGAAUUAGAUCGUUUACAGAAUCAAACGGGUCAACAAUUACCUAAAGAAUUAAAAAUCAUGUUUGACAGUUUAGUCAGCUUAUUAGAUCAAAUUGAACAUUUACCAUGGAUGACAACAGAUGAUACAAGAUUGAAUGAAUUCCGUGAUGUAUUAAAACGAAGCGAAGAAAUUGUUAUGCGUCUAAGUUCACUUGAUCAAUUCGCUGAUAGCUUAGUAAAAUGGGAUGAUUUAAUAACAGAGAGAUUCGCUCAACAGUUAGAGCGUAAAGCUGUAGUGAAUGAAGCAAAAGCACGUCUUGAAACACUAAAAGCACAAAUGCAAAAUAUAAUGGAUGAAUCAAUAAAAUUGGAACAUCUUGAUCAAAAAGGAGCAUAUUUAUCAGUUCUACGUUCAAAAGAUAUUGUCGAUAGAGCCAUGAAUACACAAAUUAGUAUAGAACAUCAACGUGGUGGACUAGAAGGUGACUUAUCAAACUCUAAACGUGAAUUAGAAGCAGUACAAACACGUGCAGAUCAGUUAAAUUCUGAUUGGGCACAAUUAGAUAGGCGAAUUGAAGAAUUUCGUGAAAAAAUUCGACAAACUAAUAGACUGAUUUGUGGAGAUAAUAGUUUACCACCAACUGAAGAUACAGAUCAAAAAGUAUGUCCAUCCACAUGUGGUGGUGCUGGAUGUGAUUAUUUUUUUCAAAAUCAUCAAAUCUCAAUACAAUAUCAACAACUAAAAAUAUAUUAA